AUGGGGGUUGCUUGUUCUAGGAAAAGAGACCAACCGGGCGAUGUGGAUGAUUUCCACAGAGGGGUUUCUGGAAGAUAUUGCAAGAAUGGAAGUUCCAAGUGGCUAGCAACAACUUUUACUAGGCCUGUUCUAGAAAUUCAAAGGGAAAAAAGGAAAUGUCCAUCACUUUUGGAAUAUGCACUUACAGAAUACGGGAGGACAGAUAAUUAUGGUUCAUUUUCUAUGCUUCCAAGAGAUCUAAGUCAGCAGAUCUUUAAUGAACUGGUAAAUUCCCAAAGUUUGACUGAUGUUUCUCUUGAAGCUUUUCGAGAUUGUGCUCUUCAGGACCUUCACCUGGGAGACUACCCCAGGGUUAAUGAAAAUUGGAUGGACGCCAUCUCUACACAAGGAUCAUCCUUACUUUCGGUGGACCUCUCUGGUUCUGACAUCACUGAUUCUGGAUUGAUAUAUCUCAAAGAUUGCAUGAACAUUCAAGGUUUAAAUAUAAAUUACUGUGACCAGAUUUCUGACCGUGGGCUAAAAAACACCAGGUAACUUUUUAAUGCUCUA